AAUAAGCUGGGACCAGUAAAGUCUAGUUCAAUGAGCUGAAUAGUUAUCUCAAUUUUAUUGCUUCAAUUUAAAUAAAGUCUACUUCAAAAACUUUUUGUUUACCAAACGAGCAAAGUGUUUUAAAAAAAUAUGUUUAAAAUCAUAUAAUUCUUCAUGGAUUAUUAAGUAUUCAAUUUCAUUUUUGUGGUAACUAAUAGUUUAAUCUGAUAAAUCCCAUUUGAUAUAAUACUGGGAAUCUCCGCAAUAAUAUGGAGUUCAUUUGGAUUACUUCAAAAGGUGAAUAUCAUAUCGAUGUUACAAUCUUAAGUUAAAUGUAGUCUAAAGUAUUCUAUCGAUGAGUAAAUAAAGUUACUUUAAACAAUAUUGAAAAUUUAAAUUAAAGCCUUAGCUUCUAAAACGUUUUUGCGUGUAAUCCGUUAAUGAGUUAUGGAACUGGAAUUUUCCAGUUAAAUCAAAGCAAGAUAAUUCUCCGUUCUUGUCACAUCCAGCUGAAGUUUGAAGAUAAAAUCUUUCUCUUUGGGGUAAUUUGGCUAAGACGCAGUCAUUAGUUGUGUAAAGGCUGUACACCUUGCUAACUAUUUGCCAAUAUAAAUCUAUUUAUAACUUAAUUUAGAUGUCUUGUGUUCAAAUUGUUUUAGUUGAAAAAUGUGGACUUUAUUAAAAUAUCGAUUUAUUUAUGUGCUUAAAAUGUAUAGGUACAAUGAAAUUUUAAAAAAAAAUCCAUUUGUUUGUGUCAAUAAAAGAAUCUUAUCUUAUUCGAUUUAUGUCCAAGCUUUUAUUUUCGUUAAUUCGUACCAAACUGACGGAUGUGAAAUCAUGCUUAGAAAGUACAAAGUAGGUAUUAAUUUUGAAAUAAUUUGUGUGGUUUAAAUUUCAACACACACCGUAUGUGCCUUCACGUUAUCAAGAUCAUAUGAUACACCUUGGUUGGGAGUGACGAUAAUUGUGUCGUUUAUUAGGGCUAGGGAUAGGCCAAUGAAAAGAUGCACCCGGGGCGGGGGGCGGGAAGUGGCGCCCCCGCUUCAUCAAUCAAAAUAAAUUUGAUAUAUGCAUAAACUUUUAAGACAAGAAAAUGUGGGGAGAAUGCAGUGUUUUUUUCAGCAAUUUUCCCCCGGGUGGGCAAUUCAGAUUUUCGGGGGGGGGGGGGGCCUUUAGGUUUUUUAUUUUUCGGGGGGGGGGCAGUGCCAGCAGUUCCAGUUGAUUUAUUGUUGGACAUAUUUUUGCUUGGGGGGUGGCACUUGGCUUUCUCCGGGUGGGGGGGCAGUGCCCCCCGGAGAUAUAGCUGAAAGAAACCCUGGGGGAAUGGGUGUGUGUUACAAGGAUCAAGUGAGCUUAAAGCUCCCGAUCUUAUGUCGAUGAGAGGUAUGGGGAAGGAGUGAUCAGUUUAUCUUUGUCAAGGCACCUGUAGCAUUACUUGCCGUAGCUUAACCCUUAUAUUAUUUACGUUUUAUUUAUGCUUUGAAACAACGAUCUGGUAAUGUGUUUUUCCUAGAUGUCACCUAAUUCAAUGAGAGGGAUCUCUCUUAUACACCCUAAAUAACAACAACAAACUGCUGAAGCUUUGCGUCAGCUCCUACUUUUAAGCUCUAGGGACAACAUUGUUUUUAGUUCCAUCAACAAAUAAAUUUCAUUGAUAUAAUCUUUUUGAAGUUUUCUUUGAUUUAGCUACGGAAAUUUAAACAAUGUCAUAAUUGACACCGAUAAAUAAACAAUAUUUUUGUUUGUUUUAAAGACGAGUCUUGAAUGUAAAAUUUACAUUUUGUUUUAUCUGCAGAUCCUACACAUCAAAUGUUGUGUAAAGACAGCAGAAAUAAAACAAAAAUAAUAAAAAAUUAAAAUCUAAUAAUAAUACCAACAAUAUAAAGCACAAAAGGUAUUUAUUAAACGCUAUUUAAAAACAGCAUUGAAGAGAAACGGAAACGGUGAAUUCCCUAAAGCCAAACAUGGAAACUCAAACUCAAGCCAGAGCAACAGGGAGUUCUAACGACCUGCUUAGAAUGCGAGCUGACAUGCAAGAUCAGGCUAACGAAAGAGAUUUUGAGGCUGGGCCAACAGCGAGGCGAACAGUUUGCAAUACAAGUGAUGUCCCAGAGGGAAAUCAUCCUCACAGUGUUGAUGGGAAAGAGUGGCACUGUUUCAGAGAUGAAACAAACCGCCUUCUUAGUUUCGCCAAGUUUCCAAGGACAGCUGCCAAAUCUGCCACGCUCCUGGCGAACCACGGAUUCGUGUACACGGGGGUCGGUGACGCGACGGAUGACGCGACCACUUGUUACUUUUGCGGUGCGCGCAAGAAAAAAUGGCAAGCUUCGGACGUCGUUUCGAGCAUCCACCAUCCAUCUUGUCCAAUGGUGACAGAAACACACUGCGCCAAUGUUCCCAUUUCAACGAACCGCGCUGGUGAAGAACUCCAGGUCCAAGGAGGUAGUAUGCACUGCGUUGAAAAAACAGAGAUACAAAGGCCAGACCAGGCAGAUGUAGAUGUUAAUAUACACUUGAGCGAGGAAUCUGCUUCAGUCGGAGGAUGCGAUCAAACCCCAUCCAGCAUCAAACAAAAUGAAAGACCCUGCGCUAUGUUUUCAAACUUGACAAAGUCCAAGUCACAUCUUCCGGAAGAAACAAAGGUGGCGACAGUUUUCAGUCACCAGAAAAGUUUUUUUCCAGAGAGGAAACACCCUUCAAAACAAAACACAUCAAACAUUAAACAUGAAAAUGAUAAGCCUCCAUGUAAUAAGGAAAACACAUUUAUUUUGGAAAGCCCAAAGAGCCCAGAAUAUGUUUCCGAAGACAGCCGAUUGCGGACCUUCACAACUUGGCCGAGCGAGCAUCAUUUGAAACCACGUGAUCUUUCAGAUGCUGGUUUUUAUUACGAAAGUAAGUCAAUAGUUUGCUUUUUUUUUUUUUUUUAAAUAAUGCUUGAAUAUCUUUUAAAAAGUAAAAGUUAAUAUUUCAUUUAAUUUUAUAAAAAAAAAAAAGAUUUAUGAAAUAAAAUUAUUGCCGACAAAUUUUAAAGGGUUAAAGUUGAAGAGUGUGUGUCAGUGUGUUUUUGUGUGUAGAUAUUGAUAUGGGCUGGAAAAAAAAUAAGAUAAAAUAAGUUGAAUUUUCAGCUAACUUUCUCAUCUCCAUCAUGUGAUACUCAUAUUCAACGUAGACUUAAUUUUCAUUGCAAGGACUUUUUUUCCGCGAUUCAAUGGGGCACGACAGCUUGUUAUAAAAAAAUUUCGCGGAGAAAUGAGCCAUCGAGAAGUUUAGCGGUCGUAGCUCUGUCCUGCGAAAGUGGGAGCGUCUCCGAGGAAACUUCGGAGGAGUCCACAUGGGGUUUGCCUCUUCUGGCGUGGGAGGCUAGUAUGACCGACCGAAAGACUCCAUGGGCGUUGGGCUAUAAAAGAUUGAAUCUCAUUCCAUUAGAUGGUGUAACAUUAUUAGCUGUAGUAGCGAUGAUUUUCAUUGGUCGAGGCCGUUGUUUGGUUACAUAAAUAUGGAUUGGAUGAUGAAUCGUGUAUAUCAAGUAGGAAUUAAAACCCCCGGAUGUUAAAAAAAAGGUGGAUGGUGUCGACGUGCAAUCUACUCUGUUUUACACAAAACAGUUUAAAAAAUAAAAUAAAAUGGACGUACCCCAUAAAAUAAGUUGUCAAUGAAAGAUGUUCGAGUGAACCAAUUACUACUUCAGAAAUAUUGAUGACUUUUUUUAUAUUAACUUUUGUGGAUUCUUUCCUGGUUGUCCUAUUUUCACCUUGAAAUUUGUUUGUAAAAGACGGUAUGUUAGACCGUUUAGAAUUAUGAUGACGAAAGACGAAAAAGUUAUGAUGCUAGUAUUGUUAGUGUGGCACUAAGUCUCACACAUUCAAUACAAUACCUCUGCCUAUUUGCUUCUGUCUCUUGGCGCGGCUAUGUCAUUGACACUGGCAAACGUUAUGUUUUAUAGAUACAAGGGACCUAGUCAGAUGUUUUCACUGUGGAGGUCGCCUGCAAAACUGGAAGGACACCAGUGACAUCCGGGUGGAGCAUGCAAGAUGGUUUCCGAAUUGUGGCCUCGUCCGUCAACAACUGGGUCAAAACUUUGUUGAUGCUGUGAAUGAACUCGAGAGGACCAAUCAGCAGGUCUCUGUUGCUCCUUACGUUACUGGAGCGCUACUAUUUAUUAUUUUUUUUUAUUUUUUAUUUUUAACUUUAAAAAGUUUGAUUCAUUGAUAAGAGAGUACCGAUUUAAUUGCAUGAUCCGAAACAAAAAGGUAGAAUUUAUCUGGGUUACGCAUUUCCCAUUUCUUUAAAAAAAAGAAAGAGGUGAACGUCCUCAUCUAAUUAAGUACAAUAAUUUCAUUGAAGGAAUCGUCACACAUUUCUAUAUCUUCAUUCAUUACAAUUAUAUUAAUAUGAAGAGUUAAAUGUAUAUCUGUUCAGUGUACCAAGCGUCUUCAAAUUAUAAUGAAUGAAGUUUUUAAAAAACACACUUUACGCCUAGCACUGUGCCGUAGUGGUUAUCAUUGUAUUUCUUAACACUUUAAUCCACUUCAUUGUUGUUAUUAUCAUAAACCUAUAUCUAGUUAAGCACAGAUGAUUGAAAUAGCUACUUAUAAAAUGCAUCAGCAUCUCAUAAAACCCAGGGCAUUUGGACGGUAUGACUUUUCUGCAGCAAUUUUACAAACAACAAACAACCAAAUAAUUUUUAGAAAAUAUUCUCCUAAAAUUGUAAUUCCUUGCAAACAACCUACAGGAGCUGGGGAUUCCACGCGCUGCUACCACUGCGGCGGCGCACUAAGAAACUGGGGCCAUUCGCACAACGUCUUUGUCCUGCACGCCAAGUGGUUCCCAAACUGCAGUCACAUGCGUCUCCUCAUGGGCCAGAGUUUCGUGGACACGGUGCAGGAAUGGAGGCGAGCCGGGGAGGUACACAGAUCCGCACAAUCACAAUCGUGUCUUCAUGCUUUCAUCACAACCAUCUUCAUUAUCACCCCUGCAAGCGUAGUAGUGUAUUAACUUUCAUCACCGUCCUCAUCAUUAUCACCAUUCCAAGCGUAAUUGUGUCUUUACUUUCAUCACACUCAUCAAAGUCACCAUUAUCAUCACCACCAUCAUCAUCAUGCCCAGCAUUACCAUUGUAAGCGUAAUACCGAACAUCAUCCUACUGCGACAUGUACAAAAUACCUGCCUCUUUACCUCAAUUUUAAUUUUUUUUUGUUCCUUUUCCUGGUGACAUCAUGCGACAUUAUGCGACAUUAUGCGACAUUGUGUGACAUUAUGCGACGUUAUGCGACAUUAUGCGACAUUAUGCGACACUCUGCGACAUUAUGCGACAUUGUGUGACAUUAUGCGACAUUAUGCGACAUUAUGCGACAUUAUGCGACAUUAUGUUUAACGGCUAGAAACGUUCAUGUAAUAUAAAUUUAAUGUUGAGUAGAAUUCCUGAAAACAUGUUUAAUCUCCAUGCCUAAAACAACAAUAGACACAUCAGUAGGCUAAAGUUGAAGGUCAAACUUCAUCUGCGAUCGUUAAAACUGGACAAACGCCAUGAGAGAAAUAUAUACACGCCCAGAACCGAUAGACUUGGAAAAAUUAAGGCUUGGGGUGGGGGGGGGAUGGCUGAAUUUAUUUGGGGGGAAUUACGAAAUUACAGUAAACCGCAACUUUGAAGUUGAAGUAUUUAGGUUUAAUUAUUUCAUGUUAAACCUAUAUGUAUGUACCAUUGCCGUAGCUAGGUUUAGUGCCGCCCGCGGGCAGUGGUCGAAGCUUUUGUGUCCCCCCACACCCCUUUUCCACGAAAAAAGCCUCCGCAGUUGGCACAAAAAAAAAUAAAAAAUGCCGUUCGGUCUUAUAAAGAAAAUAGUUCCACCUGGGGCGGAUCGCCCCCCUCACUCACGCACCCCUUUUUCGUACGCCACUUGUGUGUACGAUUCGUAUCUCAAAUCUCAGCGUGUUGGAUCUUUUAAUGCGAGAGUGGUAGACGUGCAUUGUUUGCAGACAAAUUGUUAUUACGUUUACUUUCUGGCCAUUCUGUAAGCAUUUGCUUUAUUUAUAGAUCACUAUUCUCAAUCAUAGGGCGGCUUGGCAAAGAGCGACCACAGGGUCUAACACCGUUAUUAUUAUUUUUAAAAAUAUAUAUAUUUUGAUGCCAUGGAUGAUGUCUUAGCUUAAUAUGGACAAAAAAAUCAAAACGACUAGAAUUUGAUUAAAAAUUUAACAUUCUACACAAAAACGUAAUGAAGAACUCUAAUCUCAUAAAUAUGAAUUCUGGUUUCUCAACGAUGAAUAAGACAUUUACACAAAAAAAGUAAUAUUGUUAUUGUUUGGGGAUGUUUUUCUCCUCCAUUGACAGAACUCACUGGCUUCUCUGUAUUCUAAGCUGAGGCCGAAAGAAAUUGAAACCAUCACAGGUACGACAAUUCUGUUCAUUUGAUUAUUUUUUUUUCUUAAAUUUCAAUUAUUUUUACUUAGGUUUAGCCGUUACAGUGAACAUAGUUGUUCAAUCAAAUAACUGUGUCACAAUAUACGUAUACAAACAGUAUAUAUUUCAAAUAGAAAUAAUGGAGCUGUAAAGUUUUUGUGUACUAAAAUCAUGUACGGUACAAAAGAUCAAUAUAAGAAUAGCUUCGGGGUCUAUAAAAAAUUGUUUAAGCACUUCCUAAAGUAUUUUCACGACCUAUACAACUUUAAUAUUCUAAAAUAGCGAGUAAAAGACCUUUAAAUCUAAUGCAACACCUGUAUAGCUAGCACAAGACCUUUUAUAGCUAGGUCAAAACCUUUAGAGCUUGCACAAGACCUUUAUAGCUAGUACAAGACCAUUAUAUCUAGCACAAGAUCUUUAUAGCUAGUACAUGACCUUUACAGCUAGUGCAAGUCAUUUAUAUCUAUUAUAGGACCUUUAAAGCUAGUACAAGACCUUUAUAGCUAGUACAAGACCUUAUAUCCAUUACAACACCUUUAAAACUAGUACAACACCUUUUAUAGCAAGUACAAGAUCUUUUUAGCUAGUGCAAGACCUCUAUGGCUAGUACAAGACCUUUAUAGCUAUUACAAGACCUUUAUAGAUAGUAAAAAGACCUUUAUAGCUACUACAAUACCUUUUAUAGCUAUUACAAGCCCUUCAUUCAUAGAGUAAGCAAUAGGUGUUUUGAAGUGGUAUCUACCGUCAUUAUGUCAAGAAAAAAUACAUUCCGCAUUGAAUGUGUCGUAUAAAUCUAUCCUACGUGCAAGAUGUAAGAGUUAUACAAUUGAAAGGUCGCGCCAGCAGAUCAUCAAUCAUUUAUUGUAAUCGAUUUCAUCAGUCACGCUUCAGUGACAUUAGUGCAAUGAAAUUGCAAAAAUAAAUGUUAACAUGGAAUUAUUAAAGGUUUACACCCGAAGGAUAAUGCUAAAAUGUAUGUUUGUAAUGUUGUGUUAAAAAAAACAUAUCUUACUUAUUCUUACAUAAUAUAUCAGAUGUAUGCCAUUUUAAAGUAAGAACUUCACCACAUAUGUUGUUUACAGAGAUUACGCCUUUCAUUUUUUUAUUAUUUUUUUUAUUUGUCAAAGCUGGUUUUCAGAAAAGAAAGAUACCCACUGGAAAGGAACUACUUUGUAAGAUGUGUGAGGGCAGUGACGUGGCUAUCAUGUUUAUCUCCUGCGGGCAUCUAGCUACGUGUGCCCUGUGCGGGCCCGGAGUGGAGAAGUGUCCUGUGUGUCAGAUACAAGUAACAGGAAGGGUCCGAGCCAACUUUUAAUUCAGUGCGGAGGUCUCUCGUCUUACUGACAAGUUUUAUCGUAUGAUUGAAUUCCGGUGAUGAUGAGUAAUUGUUUAUGCAUUAAAAAAUGUAAAUAUGUAUCAAUAUGAAAUUUAAAUCUUCCAUUUCUAACUCAUUAUUAUUUAUUUUUUUCUCUCUGAGAGCCAAGAGAUUAUGUUGGUGCUAGUACAAUCCACUGUGAUCCAAAUUAAAAUGACACUGAAAUGAAAGGAUGAUGCUGCAUGCUGUAUAUAACUGAUGAUGAUAGUGAGAUUCAGAGAGACAAACCCAAACUAAAAAAAAACAUGUAUGCAAGUAGGAAUCAGCUCAUAGCCCAUAAGAUAACAAUGACUGGUUUCAUUGACAGGUAAUGGUCUUCUUUUUUCGAGGCACGUCUUAUGUAUUUAUGUUCACUCGACCAUUAUCCUUGAAAUAUGUUCAUUUAACCUUUAAAACACGUCUUGAUGUAUGUAUGUAUGUAUGCAUGUAUGUAUGUUUACCAACCAAAAAGCCUUAAGCUGUGUUCUUUUUACCAUACGAAGAAAAAACGAUACUGGCCAUAGUUUUAUAAAUGAUGAAUAAAUGGUUAAAAUUAAAGGGGAUACAAGCUGCUUCAAACAUUCCAAAGUCAUCUACCGGAUAAGCAUUUGCAUGAUUUUUUUCAAUACAGAUUAUCGAUUGCAAAACUAUUUUUGUAUCGAAAUUUUUUGCAUUUUAUUUGAAUAAAAAUGGC